AUGGCAAGAGUACAGGUUGUUCUCAAAUGGGGCCCCCACCGCUGCCUCCAAGAUAAAACUCCAUGUCCUCUUGUGCUCAACAACCAGCUGUGCACCAUACUGGCGUGUCAAGUAUCCUUCAUCCUGACAACUGACAACGGGAACCUCAGCACUGCCGAAGAUUGUGUGCUGGAGAUUGUGGUUGUCCACGUAGGCCAGAAAGCGUCUCCGCCAACUGAGAAAAGUGUCGGCGGUGCAAUUAGGCGGUAUUCUAGGCACAGGAGUUCUGACAAUUGCACCUCCCAGCGGCGAACCCGGCACCCCAGUACCGCCAUCAUGGCUCACCCCGCCUGGCCACAUUGGCCUCACCGGUGCAGAUGAAGCCCCUCCAGGAGCAACUAGACCGUCGCCUCCUGAGCUGCUGCCGGCAGGUGCACCCGAAGACCGCCGCUGUGCUGCCCUAAGCUCCUCCGUCUCAGCUUUGGCCUCCUUCGUCUCAGCCUUGGCCUCCUCUAUAGCUCGUAGCGCCUCAUCCAACCUCGCGCUCAGAAGUUGCUACCUCCUCCGUUCCAGACAUAUCAAACUAAAACUCUAAACCCUCCCUGCUGUCCCAGCCUCGAAGUGCUGUCCCAGUUAUAAACCCUGCUGUCCCGGUCCCCGCAAUGGCCACCGCACCAGCUAUGCACUGCUGUCCUCGCCCCCUUUGGCCGCGAUCCCAGCUAUGAAAAUGGUGUCCGCUGCCCCGAUGGCCCAGCUCCCACCGCUCAGACGCCAAUACCCACUACCAACACCAGGCCUUACAAUAUAUUGUGUUUGGGUGCGGUAGCUCG